AAAACAACAAUCACAGUGGAGCUAAGCGAGCCUGGUCGGUUCGUGUGUCGCUUGAACUCGUGCAGAUAUUGUUCAGAGCUCAGAUGAAGCGGACGUACUUUCGAGCAGAUCUCGCUCAAACAAACAGAGCCGUGAAGUGACCAAAGUGAAGAAUCAAGUUUCUAUCGAAUAAGCAUUCGGACUUUGGCAAACCUUCUGCGUCAAAUCUGGAAGACUUUCGAAACUAGACGCAGUUUCUAGUUUUAUGUGAAAAAUCAGGCAGUUUAUAGACAGUCCAACUGAACUGUGCUGAGGGUGUGAUAGACAGAAGUGAUCGUUGCACGUGCCCAGACUCAAGCCCAAGUGUCCGUUACCAAUCGUUAUGGGUCUCCUGCGACGGAACAGUUUGAACAUUUCAUUCGGCAAAUGGCUCUCGCCCGGUGGCACCGGUUCUACACCCACAGCGGCUACAACCGGCACCGGUCGGGGCAAUUUUGGCAGCUCUGUCGCCAUCCAGAAGCUGCGAGAGAGCAAGUGGUUCGACGCUGGCGAGGAGCGCAUAUUUUGCGCCGUGAUUGAGAACGGAUUCAUUGUCGAGGUGCGCCACUCCGAAACCGGCGAAACCUGGUUUGGUGUGGUGACAAUCGAGCUGAAGAAAUCAUCGCCUAAGCCUACCGCAGAAUGUGUCAAAAUCUAUUCCGUCCGGAUGAAGAGUGCGGAGAAAAAGCCAAUGAAGGUUUGCUGCGUUUCGCUGAGGAAUCUUUGGCAGCAAGGCUACCAGCUACGGAUCAACAACAUUGCGGACCGCACAAAGAAACCACAUCACGAAAACGACAUUCUGGCGCAAAUCAAAUAUGCCUCCAAAUGCCAGAUGGUGUUCCACAACAGCCAACACUUCUGUGAAUUCUGUCGGUACGGAGACAGGCCACAGGAUAACCGGAAGCGACAAGUAAGUGCGUUACUAAAACGUUUCGAGGAUGCAUUGCAAGGAGCGCACAACAGUUACUUCUGACCUAUACGACUGCUGCCUGGAAAGAGCACAAAGAAGAUAUCGGACUGCGCCAAGUGGGGCGGCGUCAACAUGGGAGCCACUCUGAUUUUUAUGGAAAUGCAGAAAAAAUCCAAAUCGUCGUCAGAAUGAACCGUAGUGAGAUGCUGCUACCACGCAAAUGCCAUAAGGUCACAAAGCGCCAGAACUGGUUAGUAGAUUUAAGCAUUUCAGAAAAAUAGCCCGAAUGUGGAGCUAAAUUGUGAUUUUUGUAAUUUUUCCAAAUUGCUUUACCUCUGUGUUGGAGGAGUACAUGAGCGGAUAAUGAAAAUAUGUAUUGUAGAGAUAGGUUCAUAAGAAAACAAAUAGAAGUAAGAUUCCAUUAGGAUAUAGUCGAUUGAUCUAAGCGUUGGAAGAGCGAUCGUAAAAGUACCAAUAUCACAAUGUGAGUUUUUCAAAAUUGUACAGUGCGUGCACAGUUGCAGCACUCAUCAAACCCAAUGCAUUGCUAGCGAAUAAAGUUGUUCCAAUGUGCGUUUCGUAUAUUUGCAUAAAUAUUUGUCAAUGAAUAAAAAUAAGUAAGUGAGUUUUCGUUA